AUGUCGACGCUGGCCCCCCUGCGUCUGCUGCGCGAGCCCUCGAAUGCCAGCGAGGGCAACCAGAGCAACGCCACGGUCGGGGCCAGUGGUGGCUGGUGCCAGGGGCUGGACAUUCCCAACGAGCUGUUCCUGGCACUGGGGCUGGUGAGCCUGGUGGAGAACCUGCUGGUGGUGGCUGCCAUCCUGAAGAACAGGAACCUGCACUCGCCCACCUACUACUUCAUCUGCUGCCUGGCGGUGUCUGACAUGCUGGUGAGCAUCAGCAACCUGGCGGAGAUGCUCUUCAUGCUGCUGCUGGAGCACGGGGUGCUGGUGAUGCGCCCCAGCAUCGUCCGCCACAUGGACAGCGUCAUCGACACGCUCAUCUGCAGCUCCGUCGUCUCGUCCCUCUCCUUCCUGGGGGUCAUCGCCGUCGACCGCUACAUCACCAUCUUCUAUGCCCUGCGCUACCACAGCAUCAUGACGCUGCAGCGGGCCGUGGUCACCAUGGCCAGCGUCUGGCUGGCCAGCACUGUCUCCAGCACCGUCUUGAUCACCUACUACCGCAGCAACACCAUCCUCCUCUGCCUCAUUGGCUUCUUCCUCUUCAUGCUGGUCCUCAUGCUGGUGCUCUACAUCCACAUGUUCGCCCUGGCCCGCCACCACCUCCACAGCAUCUCCAGCCAUCAGAAGCCAACCACUGCCCACCGUGGAGGCAGCCUGAAGGGUGCCGUCACCCUCACCAUUCUCCUGGGCGUCUUCUUUAUCUGCUGGGGGCCCUUCUUCUUCCACCUCAUCCUCAUCGUCACCUGUCCCACCAACCCCUUCUGCACCUGCUUCUUCAGCUACUUCAACCUCUUCCUCAUCCUCAUCAUCUGUAACUCGGUGAUUGACCCCCUCAUCUACGCCUUCCGGAGCCAGGAGCUCCGGCGGACGCUGCGGGAGGUGGUGACGUGCUCCUGGGUCCCCGCACGGGUCCCGGGGUGUCCCCGCUCCCCGCGGGUGCCGGGGGCGCCCCCCCGGCCGUGCCCCCCGCGGGUGCCGGGGUCCCCGCUCCGCCGCGGCGGGGCGUGGCCGCGGGCGUGGCCGGGCGGGGCGUGGCGGGCGGUGCCGGUGCCGCAGGGCUGUUGCGGCGCUGCGGCGGCGGCCGCUGAUUGGCUGCGGGCGGCGGUGACGUCAGCGGCCGGCCCGGUGCGGCGGCGGGAGCCUAUAAAGGAUGCGGCGGCGGCCGCGCCGCCCCCCGCGCUCCCGGUGCCGCUCCGCUCCGGUGCCGCUCCGCUCCCGGCCCCAGCCCGCUCCCGUCCCGCUCCGCUCCGGCCCGGCCGCACCAUGAGGGAGAUCGUCCACAUCCAGGCGGGGCAAUGCGGCAACCAGAUCGGCGCCAAGUUCUGGGAGGUGAUCAGCGACGAACACGGCAUCGACCCCAGCGGCAACUACGUGGGGGACUCGGACCUGCAGCUCGAACGCAUCAGUGUCUACUACAAUGAGGCCUCUUCUCACAAGUACGUGCCUCGCGCCAUCCUGGUGGACCUGGAGCCGGGGACGAUGGACAGCGUGCGCUCGGGUGCCUUCGGCCACCUCUUCCGCCCUGACAACUUCAUCUUUGGGCAGAGCGGUGCCGGGAACAACUGGGCAAAGGGGCACUACACAGAGGGGGCCGAGCUGGUGGACUCGGUGCUGGACGUGGUGCGGAAGGAGUGUGAGAACUGCGACUGCCUGCAGGGCUUCCAGCUGACCCACUCGCUGGGCGGGGGCACCGGCUCGGGCAUGGGCACGCUGCUCAUCAGCAAGGUGCGGGAGGAGUACCCCGACCGCAUCAUGAACACCUUCAGCGUGGUGCCGUCCCCCAAGGUGUCGGACACGGUGGUGGAGCCCUACAACGCCACGCUGUCCAUCCACCAGCUGGUGGAGAACACGGACGAGACCUACUGCAUCGACAACGAGGCGCUCUACGACAUCUGCUUCCGCACCCUCAAGCUGGCCACCCCCACCUACGGCGACCUCAACCACCUGGUGUCGGCCACCAUGAGCGGCGUCACCACCUCCCUGCGCUUCCCCGGCCAGCUCAACGCCGACCUGCGCAAGCUGGCCGUCAACAUGGUGCCCUUCCCGCGGCUGCACUUCUUCAUGCCCGGCUUCGCCCCGCUGACGGCGCGCGGCAGCCAGCAGUACCGCGCCCUCACCGUGCCCGAGCUCACCCAGCAGAUGUUUGAUGCCAAGAACAUGAUGGCCGCCUGCGACCCCCGCCAUGGCCGCUACCUCACCGUGGCCACUGUCUUCCGUGGCCGCAUGUCCAUGAAGGAGGUGGAUGAACAGAUGUUGGCCAUCCAGAGCAAGAACAGCUCCUACUUUGUGGAGUGGAUCCCCAACAAUGUCAAGGUGGCCGUGUGUGACAUCCCGCCACGGGGGCUGAAGAUGUCCUCCACCUUCAUCGGGAACAGCACGGCCAUCCAGGAGCUCUUCAAGCGCAUCUCGGAGCAGUUCACGGCCAUGUUCCGCCGCAAGGCCUUCCUGCACUGGUACACAGGCGAGGGCAUGGACGAGAUGGAGUUCACCGAGGCCGAGAGCAACAUGAAUGACCUGGUGUCCGAGUACCAGCAGUACCAGGACGCCACGGCCGAGGAGGAGGGUGAGAUGUACGAGGACGACGAGGAGGAGUCGGAGGCGCAGGGCGCCAAGUGACGCCCGCCGCCGCCCCCCAACACUGCCCGCGGCCCCCCCGGCUUCGCGCUGCUGCAGCCCCAGGUGCUGCCCCCCCCUGCCAUCCCCUCAGUGUCUCCUGACUCCAUCCCCCCCUGAGCCGGCUCGGCCCCUCGCCCCCCUUCCUACCUCCCCCCUUUUCGUUUUUUACUGGUUUGUGUCUUAUUAUUUUUUUUUUGAAUACUUAAUAAAUUUAUUGCUGUCCAGGUA